GCACAUUAUGAACAAUUUAAUUUGUCGAAAGUGUGAAACAACAAUUAAUAGGAAAGAAUAGAAAAUUAAAAUAAGAAAAAAAAAUCAAUCAAUCAGAUUAAAUUGUAAAACGAAAGAGAAAAACAAUUUAACUCUAAUUAUGGUUUUUCCUCUGUUGAUACUUUUAGGUUCUUCCCUUUUAUUGAAUAAACUUCAAUUGGGAAUUUUUAAUCAACACCAAUUGAAUGAUAACGCUAAUCAAUCGUGUGGAAUUAGUUUACAAGUGACCUCAGGAAAUGAUCGGAUCAUCGGUGGACGAACUGCCCUUGAGGGUGAAUUCCCAUGGCAAGUUUCAAUUCGUCGAUAUUCAUCAAUCGAAUCAAAAUUUGUUCAUAUUUGCGGUGGUUCAAUCAUCUCUGAUCAAUGGAUAUUAACAGCAGCUCAUUGUGUUCAUGGAAUUCCUGAGAAUAAUUUCAAAAUCGUUGCCAAUAUAACGAAAUUAUCGGAGGCCAAUGAUUACCAUUUCGUUCAUGAUGUUUCAAAGAUUAUCGUUCAUCCAGAAUUUAAUGAGGAAACGAAUAUAAAUGAUAUUAGUCUGAUUAAAUUGUCUUCACCUUUGAAUUUAAUUAAAUCAAAUGGACACAUGGGACCAGUUUGUCUUCCUAAAUUGUUCAAUGAUUUACCACCGACAAGAAAUGAUCGUGGGUCAGUUAAUUUUGUUACGGUUACUGGCUGGGGAUCAACUGAUGAGGAAGAUGGUGACAAUUCAGUUAAUCUUUUAGCUGUUGAUGUUAUUCUGGUUGAAAUGGAUAAAUGUAAUUCAACUUAUGAAGGUGGAAUCGCCAGUGGCUUCAUUUGUGCUGGUCUAAUUGAGGGUGGGAAAGAUUCAUGUCAGGGUGAUUCUGGUGGUCCAUUGGUUUAUCGGGAUUCCAAUGGAAAGGCUCAUCUUAUUGGAAUUGUUUCUUGGGGUGAAGGUUGUGGACGAAAAGCUAUACCAGGAGUUUAUGUGGAUGUUAAAUACCAUUUAAAUUGGAUCUAUGAUAAUAUUAAUCGUUACAAUUAAAUUGAAACAUCAACAUGACCAUUGGACUCGAAGAUGAUUUUAUUAUUUUAUCCAGAGAGAGAGAGAAACGAAACUUAUUAUUAUCAUUUAACUUUUUCUGUUAUAACUGUUUACCUUUAAGACUCUUUCAAUCUUAAAAUUAAUUUCAAAUCAUAAUAUUUAUUUGCAUACAAUUCAUUAAUUCGCACUUUAAUUUUCCAUUUAAAAACCAAAAUAAAUCAGCUAAUUGUUGGUUAA